UGGUUCCUGCACCUUCCAGAGCCCCUCUACUCUGUUUCUGUCUUUGCAGCAGCACCAGCCCACUCCCCGAUCCUACUGUCCGCUCAGCGCCAAGCUCAGAGCAGCUCCACAGGCUCCACAGGCACCAUGAGGAGCGCCAUGCUGUUUGCAGCCAUCCUGGCCCUCAGCUUGGCUUGGAGCGGGGCUGUCUGUGACGUGUCACAGGAGCAGGUGGUGCCUGGUGGGAGCCACAGUAAGGACUCGGAUCUCUACCAGCUGCCUCCAUCCUUGCUUCGGAGACUCUACGACAGCCGCUCAGUUUCUCUGGAAGGAUUGCUGAAAGUGCUGAGCAAGGCUAGUAUGGAUCCUAAGAAAUCAUCCCUUGCACAGAAACGUGACAUGCAUGAUUUCUUUGUGGGACUUAUGGGCAAGAGGAACAGCCAGCCAGACACUCCUACUGACAUGAAUGAAGAAAACACCCCCAGCUUUGGCACCCUCAAAUAUCCCCCCAGUGCAGAAUGAGCACUCCACUUCUGGACCCAGCCCAGACUGCAUCAUAAAGACACUAUCCCUGUCUCAAUCCUGGUGCAUGGCCUCCUAUUCCCUUCUCUUUCCUGUGCUUGGAACAUUUUUGCUUUGACUUUCAUUCCUGCCUGGCACACAAGCUGCAUAGUGAAUAACCUUAAUUCCCUGAGCACUGAUUAUAGAGUACAUAGACUGACUAUAGUUUCUGUAGUGUUCUGCAUUAAAAAUGCAACGUCUCUCUUUAACA